AUUUGCAGCUCGUGAGAGUCUCGCAGCUGAUGGAGUGAGGACGAAGGAGGAGAAGAAGGAGAAGAAGGAGAAAGUGAAGCUUGAGUUUUACUCUCUAAACUCAGUCGUUCGCGUUUCAAACCGGCGCCAUGUUUCCCCUCGCUCUGCUGCCGCUCUUCUUCCUCCAGAGCUUCGUGUCCGCCGAUCAGCGGAGCCCCUCUGCAGAUAAUCUGCUGGUGAUCACCGCGGCCACAGAGGAGACAGACGGCUUCAAACGCUUCAUGAGUACGAUCAGGGAGUUCAACUACACCGUGAAGGUUCUGGGUCUGGGGGAGGAGUGGAAGGGAGGUGACGUUGCCCGGACAGUGGGUGGAGGUCAGAAGGUCAGAUGGUUGAAGAAGGAGCUGCUCAAACACUCUGAGAAGACCAACAUGGUCAUCAUGUUCGUGGACAGUUAUGACGUCAUCUUUGCGGCGGGCCCGGAGGAGGUUCUCUCCAAAUUCAAGCGUCUGGGUCAUCGAGUGGUUUUCUCAGCCGAGGGAUUCUGCUGGCCCGACCAGAGACUAGCCCAAAAGUACCCUGUGGUGCAUUCUGGGAAACGCUACCUCAACUCAGGAGGUUUCAUCGGCUUCGCUCCAGAUCUCAGUGCGAUCGUUCAGCAGUGGAAGAACAAGGACAGUGACGACGACCAGCUCUUCUACACCAAGAUCUACCUGGACAAGACGCAGCGGACCAAGUUCAACAUGACGCUGGAUCAUCGAUCCAGAAUCUUCCAGAAUCUGAACGGAGCCGUCGAUGAAGUCGUCUUGAAGUUUGAGAAGUCAAAGGUCCGAGCGAGGAACGUGGCCUACGACACACUCCCUGUUGUCAUCCAUGGGAACGGACCCACCAAGCUGCAGUUGAAUUACCUCGGUAACUAUGUCCCGACGGCGUGGACCUAUGAGAGUGGAUGUGGCGGCUGUGACGACGACCUGCUUUUCUAUAACGACGUUCCUGAUGACGAGAUGCCUCUGGUUCACGUGGCCGUGUUUAUCGAACACGCCACUCCCUUCAUGGAGGAGUUCCUGGACCGGCUGACCACGCUCAACUAUCCCAAGGCGAAGAUCCACCUCUUCAUCCACAACAACGUCGUUUACCACGAGCGUCACAUUCAGAGAUUCUGGGAGCGUCACAGGUCGCUGUUCCCCAACGCCCGGCUGGUUGGUCCAGAGGAGAACCUGCAGGAGGACAAGGCCAGAACCAUGGCUGUGGAGGCGUGUAAGAAGGAUCCAGCGUGUGAUUAUUACUUCAGCAUCGACUCUGACGUGGCGUUGACGAACCCCGACACACUGAGGAUCCUGAUCGAGGAGAACAAAUCUGUCAUCGCUCCCAUGUUGUCAAAGCACGGGAAGCUGUGGAGUAACUUCUGGGGCGCUCUGAGUCCUGAAGGAUACUACUCAAGAUCUGAAGACUACAUCGAGAUCGUCCAAGCAAAGAGGAUCGGUGUGUGGAACGUGCCGUACAUCACUCAGGCCUACCUGAUCAAAGGCAGCGUGUUGAGGUCUAAACUGUCCCAGAUGUCCAUGUACGUGGGCGAGGGCAUGGACCCUGACAUGGUGUUCUGCAAGAGCAUCAGAGACCAGGGCAUCUUCAUGUUCGUGUCAAACCGCGACGAGUUUGGUCGUCUGGUGGCAUCGGCCAACUUCAACACGUCCAGGCUGCACCCGGACAUGUGGCAGAUCUUCGACAACCCUGUGGACUGGAAGGAGAAGUACAUCAACGAGAACUACUCCAAGAUCUUCGAAGAUGAGAAGAGCUUCGUGGAGCAGCCCUGUCCAGAUGUUUACUGGUUUCCAGCUUUCUCAGAGAAGAUGUGUGACCACCUGGUGGAGACCAUGGAGGAUAACAACCAGUGGUCUGGAGGAAAACACAACGACGAGCGUCUGGCCGGCGGCUACGAAAACGUCCCGACGGUGGAUAUCCACAUGACCCAGAUCGGCUUCGAGAAGGAGUGGCUCAAGUUCCUCAAGGAGUACAUCGCGCCUGUCACUGAAAAACUCUAUCCCGGGUAUUUCCCCAAGUCCCAGGCCAUUAUGAACUUUGUGGUCCGGUACCGCCCUGACGAGCAGCCGUCUCUGCGACCGCAUCACGACUCGUCCACCUUCACCAUCAAUGUUGCUCUGAACAGCAAAAACAUCGACUACGAGGGUGGAGGCUGCAGGUUCCUGCGUUACGACUGUAAGGUGGAGUCUCCCAGGAAGGGUUGGACCUUCAUGCACCCCGGGCGUCUGACCCACUACCACGAGGGGCUGCCCACCACGAGAGGGACCAGAUACAUCAUGGUGUCCUUCGUUGACCCCUGAAAGUUCCGUGUGUGUUAGCGUGUGUGUGUGUGUGUGCGUGCCUCAUCGUCACGAGUUAAGACAGACUUGACGGAGGAAUAGACGUGCUGAAGCGUUUUUGUUUGGUUUCUGAUUGAAUGAUCAACCUUCACCUGCCAAUCACUCGCGUACUGCAAUCACAUGAUUCAUUUCAGUGCGUCCUUAUACCAGGUGUUACGAGUCUGACCUUUCAGAGUAAGAGUCACUUUAUUUUAUUGUCGUUCGUAGCUUUAAAUUAAGAGACAGAGAUGAACAUUUUAAAAAUAGGUGUCUGUUGGAAAACGCCACCGCGCUGCCUUAUUUUAACUACACAUCCUAAAUCUAUGCAAAAACAACACACUCCUGUGUCCAUCAACCUCUGCUGUUACAUUGAUCAAUAUCCUGUAGGGGGCGCUCUCCUUCUCUAAUCUUGGUCCACAGUGCCCUCUACAGGAUCAACUUUGAUCAGCUCAUUUUAAAAAUCAUAAUCAUCAACCAAUGAACAUGUUCUGUGGAUAUUACCAGUUAUGUCGAUAACGAAUGUUUGAAACUUGAGAAAAAUAAACGACAAAGAAAACGGAUCGAAAAAAGACGAACGCAAAUAAAAAUGACGAUAAAGAAAAUAAAGUAUUUUUAUGUUAAACGUGUAAACUGGGGUAAAACUCUGCUUCAAGAUAUUUAAACUGUAACUGGGAAAACGUUAAAGGCCUUUUUUAUAUUUCAUGUUUUAUUCUUCAUCGUUUUGAAAGUUGUUCCAUGUCUUCAUAUUUUCAGUUUGAUGCUGUAGCUGAGGUGCAACUGUGGCUCCGUCGGCUCCUCUCAGUUUAUAAGUUUAUUUAAAUCGUGUGACGUGUUUAAGGGACGAGGUUUCCGCCUGACGCCUCCUGUAGUUUUCUCAGCGUGCCUGUCGAUACAAGGAAUCAGCUUUGUACAAACUGCAUUAAAUUAUUUGUUAAUGACGUUUGUUAAUGUUUUGAGAUUUUAAUAAAUAAUUUUAGUGUUA